AUGGAGCAUAAAAAUUCUAGUUCUAGCUUGAGUGAUAUCAGCGACCCAUCUCCAAAAGAUAACCCAAAAGCUGAGUCCCCAUCAGAUUUUACACAAGCCUCAGCAAAAAAUGAACAAAUUAUUACCUCAACCCCUUCUUUAGAGUCAUCAUCCAAACCCACAUCUCAUGAAACAAAUGAGCAAAAGCUUGAAUUUAUUAAAACCGAACUUAAUAAAAGAAAUUACUCUUCAGAUGUAUUUCAAAAUUAUAUGCAGUCUCAAAAAAGUUCAGAUUUAUCACAAUGGACUAUGAGUGAGCUAGAUGAGUUGAUGCAAGAAUUCAAAGUAAACUACCUUAUCUUGCUUGAAACUUAUUUAGCCUCCAUCAAAAAUUUUUCAAGCUCAGAUGACUCAGGAUCUAGCAUAAAUAAAAUGGCAUUCGGCUCGAGCGAAAUUAGCUCCGCUAAUUUUCCCUCCCUCAUGGAAUUUCACUUAUGGGGUUAGGUACUUCUGAGAACUUCUGUACAGCAACAGCGGUUUAACUCUGGCGGAUAAGCCCAGGCACUGCUCCAAGUACAUCAAGAGGCUCGAGUUUUACCUCUCAGCACACCCGAGGAAGGUGACCCUUAGGCGGAACACGCGCAGGGGCUGAGUCAAGGAACAAGUGAGGCAACCCAACCCGUCGAAGUCGGAACGUUGUAUUUGUUGCGUACCCUGGCGAAAUUAGUGGAUCGAUGCAGAGGUCCAUGGGCCCGACGCAUGGAUAAAUAUGGUGGUAGCUCUGGACAAGGCUACCCCGUAGUGGACCUUAAACGAUAUAAAUAACUAAGACUAAGACUCAGGAUCUAGCUCUGAUGAAAAAGAAAACCUUUCUAUUGAAAUCGGAGGAUUGGAAUCUGGAAAGUAUGAAGAACUCCCAACAGCUCCCAUGGUGAGGGAAUCAAUCAGGAGAAUCGGAGAUGUGCCAAAGGAUACUCCGAGUGACGUUCAAAUAAAAAAUGAAAAACCUGUCAUAAAUCUUGAAAUCAAAGAUGAGAUUUUAGAAGAAAAUCGGCCAAGCUUUAUAGAGCCCAUUUUUAAUGUGCCCAAAGAAGAAUCUGAAGAGGAUGAUAUUAAGCACAAUCGCAGUGCAACACUUCCUAAUAAGUCAAAGCAGCUUGAAGAGGAAUUUCAAAAAAGGCUAAACCGAGCACAAAGCCCAAAAAGCUCUCCAGAGUCAUCAGAUGAAGAAAAAAAUCCUAUACAAAUCCAUGUAGAAACUACACCGAAAAAAGAGCCACAAAAAGAGCAAGUCCCAGCACUUUAUACAGAUGUUUAUAAAGUUGAGUCAAUAUGGCUUGCUGAUAACGAGCUUUCUAUGAAAACCUGCGAAGUGAUCAUAUCAGAGUAAGAUCUAUUUAGCCCUGAAAAAAAUAACAAUGUUAUCACUUAUACAGUUUCAACAAUACCUCUAGGAUGGGUCGUAAAAAGGCAUCUUAAUGACUUUUUGUUGUUAAGGAAUAUAUUAAUAACGGUUUAUCCUGCAGUUUAUGUCCCUCCACCUCUCCCUAAAAAACUGCUGGGAAAAAACUCAGAUGAUACUGUUUUGAAGCACCAGCGGUUUUUGCAACGGUUUAUGCAUUCAACUAUAUCUCAUCCUCUCCUAAAGCGAUCACCUUUUCUUAUGGAAUUUCUUAAAGAAGAUGAUGAUGAAGAAUUUGAGAGCUUCAAAAGGCAAGCAUUAAAGGCGAAGAAGCCAGAAGAAGUUAAUUUCAUGGCUACUCCUGAUGGCCUUGCAUAUUGUGAUGGAUCUGACUCUCACGAAUAUGUGAAAAAUCUAACUCUCCUCCUUUAAGAGCAAGCAAAAACUAUUGCGAAUUAUUCUUAAUUGGGAAAAAUGAGCCAAAAAAUUUUUAAUAUAAUAAGAUAUAAAAAAUAAUUGUUUAACGAGAUUCUAUUAAAUUUAAGAAAGCUUGUAUUCCUUAAAAUGAUCUUUAAAUUUAAAUUAGCAUUUCGAAAUCAGAAAAAAUUUUUUCUAAACGAAGCAAAAAUCUCGCUAUUAAAGGAGGAAUAAGCGAAUACUUAAAUUCAGCUCAAAAUAUCCAAAAAAGCAUAAAAAGGCAGUCCAACAAAGUCGAAGAGCAGUUAAAAGCCACAUCAGCAGUAAUUAUGAGACUUGCAGAAUCAGUAAAAGACUUAGAAAGGCUUCAAGAUAUGCUGCCAAAUAACCAAAUGAGUUCUAAUACCUUUAGAGAAUUUCACCAAGUUUUAGGCUCCUGAGCUAGAAGUGAUUUAGAGCGGAUAAAAACUGUAAAGGAGUACAUGAGCACAUUUUUUAAAUAUGCCUAUAAUGAAGUCACACCUCUAAAGGAUUUAAUUAAAGAAAGGGAAAAUUGGUUUCAAAAUUACAUUAAAGCUGAAAAGAAAUUAGUUGCUAGGAAAGAUAAACUUUGGGCACAAGGCGAUGUGAAUAAAUGGGAAAUCGAAGUAAAAGACCUAAGCAUUGACAUAUCAGCGUUACAAGAAAAUAAAGAGUUAGCUUUUCAGAAAAUGCUCACUCAAGAAACCAAACGCGUAGAAAAAAUCAAGGAUAUGUAUGCAUUCUAUAAUUAUAAAUUGCAAGAGGAAACGCUAUGAUUUUUACCGUAUUCCUCAAUGAGGACAGUUAAGCAGCUGGCUGAGUAUGCGAAAAAGGAAACUUCGACAGCUUGGAGAUUAAAGCAGGCUUGGGAAUCGUUUGCAGAGAAACUAGUACAGUUAGAAGGAGGUACUAAAUAA